AUGUUUUCCUUCAACAUGUUAACAUCAUGUUUCAAUUCCGUGUUCCCAACGAGGCAAAUCACCAACAUCACCAACAUUACAAAUAACAAAUUCAAAUCAAAACCAAUUCGGCAAUCACCCUCCACACUCAAGAACAAAGUACAAAAAGUACAAAUUUCAAACAUCAUUCAUAGCAAAAACACUCGUGCGAAAGGAUGUUGCUUUCUUCGUGACGGAAGAAUAGCCACUGCUUUUUAUAAAGGAUUUGCAACCAUACAAGAGCUAGACGAAGGAACAAUGAAAGAAAUUAUUGAAUUGGCUCCUGAAGGUUAUCCACUGAGAUGUGUGAAAUUUAUUGAGAGAAUUAAUUGUUUGGUUGCUGGAUCAGAUUCAUGUCUCAUUUACGUGUAUGAUUGCCAAAAACAGUUGAUUGUAAAGGAAUUGAAUUCACAUUUAGAUUAUUUGAGAUGUCUUGAAGUUCAUCCAACACUUCCCUACUUGAUUUCAUGCUCCGACGAUCAAACUAUUCGAGUUUUCAAUUGGGAAAAUGAUUGGAAGUCAGAAAUUAUUUUGACAGGACAUUCGCAUUAUGUCAUGAGGAUUUGUUUAAAUCCACACAACCCAAAUAUUUUGGCAUCCUGUUCUUUGGAUCACACAGUCAGAAUUUGGGAGAUUGAUUUUCCGAAACAAUAUGAGAUAUUCACACAAGAGAAAACCACUACUUCAAGUAAUUUUGUUUCCACUUUGAAGAAUAUUUUCAAUCUGAGCAGUCCAAUUCAAACAUUGGAAGGAUUUCAAUAUGGAGUAGAUUGUGUAGAUUUUUAUAGGGGACGCGAUCCUGCGAAAAUGAACUGGUUAAUAGCAUGCUCUGAUGACAAAACAUUGAGAAUAUUUAAUUGGAAGACUGCUGAAUGUAUUAUGACAUUUCCAGAUAUUCACACACAUAACAUCUCAUCAUGCAUCUUUGAAAACGAUUUAAUAAUUUCUGGCGGAGAAGAUUCAAUAGUUAACAUUAUUAGUGUUGACAAUUUUAAAGUUUUACACUCAUUUUCCACUAAAUCGUUCGGUCGAGUUUGGUCGUUAGAAAUUGACAAGUACUGCCAGAGUGUUUAUUGUAAUAGGUCCAUUGACGAAGAAGAGCCAUUUACGUUAGCAAUUUGUUGCGAUGAAGGAUUGGUGUUGCUGAAAGUUCAAAAAACAAUGACAGUUUCUUACAAAAUUGUGUUAACUCAUGCACUUGAGCAGCUCUCUGACAUUGAUAUUAUUACAACAACAAGUUUUGAUGACGAUGAAGAAAUUGCUGCAAUACAUCAUCGUACAGAAAUACCAGCAUCAUCAUCAUCAUUAGAAAAUAAUAGCGAUGAAUAUUCAUAUAACCAAUAA